AUGGCACGAUAUCCAACAGAGGAACAGUUCAGAAAUCUAAAUAGAAGACUCGACGAAUCGAUAUUCCAAUUAAAUAUGUGAGUGUUAAAAAAAUAAACCAGGCCUGCGCAGGACAAUUUUAAAUUUUCCUGUUCAAAAAAUUCGACCUGGAAAAAACCUUGAUUUUGGAUAAUUAAUUAACUGAUUUUGCAGUCUUCGAGGAAUGCUAGCUCUUGGGAGUCUAGCACUACAAAAUGAAGAGAUGGUGUUUGGAGCGGCGCAAAUCGAGAAAAACAAGGCAAUAGAACUAGAAAUAAAAAUGUGGGGUUUUUCGUUCGAAAAAAGCAGGCCUGUGCUGAACAACUUUGAAGAAUUUCUAACAAAAACUGUAAUUUUUUGAUUUUCUAACGAAGAAGAAAAUUUCUCAAAUAAUCACUAAAUUCGGAAUUUCAUGUUUAAUUUGUUAAUUUGUAGAAAUCAAGAAAUAGAAGAUCUUAAAAAAUUACUGAGGAGAUCAGAGAAACGAAGAAAACGAUAUGAAGAAGAUUCUGAUGUGAUGUAUGAAAAAUGUGGUGAAUUCAUUGAGAAUGCAAUGAAUGGUGGAUCAUUCAACAAUUUUGAAUUGAUGUCUCGAUCAGAGCUACUGAAGAAAAUUGAAUUCGAAUUGAAAAUGUGA